ACGUCACAAAGGACGGUGUCGGCUGAUUUUGCGCAGGCGUAGAGCCGGGAGUCCGUUCGCUGGUGGAUUUGUUUUUUUGUUCGUGCCCUCUUUGAUCUGUGGGUUGUUGAUUUUCGAAUCGCCGGGGAGAGGGCUGGGGAUGGUGCGUGUAUAACAGAGACAGAGACGGAGAGAAUAGAUUAAGAAGAAAAGGAAGCAAGGUUAUAGGAGGAGGGGGAGUUUGGGCGGUAGGAAAAGGAGCCCGAGCGCGACUAACGGGCGUGUGUAAGGCGGACGCCCAGGCAGCGAGAGACAGCAAUGGAGGCCUGCAGCCGCUACCAAGUGCUGCAUAAUGAAGAUGAUUCUCCACAAACAUCUGAUGGUUCACGGCCAAAUCUUCCCACAGAGUCUCCUCAAACAUCAACUGAAACUGACAUAGCCCCACCACCUUACAGCAGUGUCACAAUGGGAGCAACUGCAUCAGCCACAGAAACUGAUCUCCCCAGUGAUCUUAUGCCAGUGCCACCACCUUACAGUGUUGCCACCUCCCUGCCAACAUAUGAUGAAGCAGAAAAAGCUAAAGCUGCUGCAAUGGCAGCUGGAGUAACAGAACCUGGACAGAGAUUUAGGGAGCCUAGGAAUCUGUUUGAUGAAAUUCUACAAGGUACAUCUCAGGAUGAGUUUACAACGACUUGAUGAGGACACUUAGUC